UACCCCCAAAAGAGAUUUUAUUCUGGUCCUCAUCCAACAACAGGGUCACUGAUUUUUCACUCUCCACACACUCACAGCUCAUCCAUUCUCAAUGCACAGCACAUGUUUGUAAAACUGUCCCAAUGGCUCUCUCCUCCCUCCACUUCCACCCUCUCCCUCUCGCUUACACCGUAAUAACCCAACGCCACACAACUCCUUUCUCUUUCUCACUCUCUUCCACCUUUAGAUUCUCCUCCUCCUCUGCGCUCUCAUCUUCCACUUCCGCUACCCACCACCCCCUCCCCCCGGACUUCUCCCCCUCCCAGCUCCUCGACCUCCUCCGCCGCCAACCCGACUCCUCCUCCGCCCUCCGCCUCUUCCAAUGGGCCUCGGCCCAGCCCAACUACUCGGCCCACCCCUCCGUCUUCCACGAGCUCCUCCGCCAACUCGCCCGCGCCGGCUCCUUCGACUCAAUGCUCACCCUCCUCCGCCAAAUGCACUCCUCCAAAAUCCCCGUCGACGAGUCCACCUUCCUCAUCUUCCUCGAAACCUACGCCACCUCCCAUCACCUCCACGCCGAAAUCAACCCCCUCUUCCUCCUCAUGGAGCGCGACUUCGCCGUCAAACCCGACACGCGCUUCUACAACGUCGCCCUCAGCCUCCUCGUCAAAGCCAACAAGCUCAAGCUCGUCGAAACGCUCCACUCGAAGAUGGUCGCUGACGCCGUUCCACCCGACGUCUCCACUUUCAACAUCUUAAUUAGGGCUUUGUGCAAGGCCCAUCAGCUCCGGCCCGCGAUUCUUAUGCUUGAGGACAUGCCCAACUACGGGCUCAGGCCCGACGAAAAAACGUUCACCACACUUAUGCAGGGGUUUAUAGAAGAGGCUGACGUGGAAGGCGCGCUGAGGAUUAAGGAACUCAUGGUGGAGUCUGGGUGCGAGCUCACGAGUGUUUCGGUUAAUGUUUUGGUGAAUGGGCUUUGCAAAGAGGGGAGAAUUGAGGAGGCUUUGAGGUUUAUUUAUGAGGAGGAAGGGUUUUGCCCUGACCAGGUUACGUUCAAUGCUUUGGUGAAUGGGUUAUGUAGGACUGGGCAUAUCAAACAGGGUUUGGAGAUGAUGGAUUUUAUGCUCGAGAAAGGGUUUGAAUUGGAUGUUUAUACGUAUAACUCGUUGAUCUCCGGGCUGUGUAAGUUGGGCGAGAUCGACGAGGCCGUGGAGAUUCUCCACCACAUGGUUUCGAGAGAUUGUGAGCCGAAUACCGUGACUUAUAACACGCUGAUUGGUACUUUGUGUAAGGAGAAUCACGUUGAGGCGGCCACCGAGCUUGCCCGUGUUCUUACUAGCAAGGGGGUUUUGCCCGAUGUUUGUACGUUCAAUAGUUUGAUACAGGGGCUGUGUUUGACGAGUAACCGGGAGAUUGCUAUGGAGUUGUUCGAGGAGAUGAAGGAGAAGGGGUGUGAUCCGGAUGAAUUUACGUAUAGUAUAUUGAUCGAGAGUCUGUGUUCAGAAAGGAGGCUUAAGGAAGCAUUGAUGCUGCUGAAGGAGAUGGAAUUGAGUGGCUGUGCGAGGAAUGUGGUGGUGUAUAAUACUUUGAUUGAUGGUUUGUGCAAGAACAAUAGGGUUGGGGAUGCAGAGGAUAUCUUCGAUCAGAUGGAGAUGUUGGGGGUGUCGAGAAGUUCGGUGACGUAUAACACGCUUAUUAAUGGCCUGUGUAAGAGCAAGAGAGUGGAAGAAGCUGCUCAGCUUAUGGAUCAGAUGAUAAUGGAAGGGUUAAAACCUGACAAGUUCACUUAUACUACAAUGCUGAAGUACUUCUGCCAACAAGGGGAUAUAAAAAGGGCAGCUGAUAUUGUGCAGAAUAUGACUUUGAAUGGGUGCGAGCCAGAUAUUGUUACAUAUGGGACACUUAUUGGGGGACUGUGUAAGGCAGGGAGAGUAGAUGUUGCAAGUAAGCUCCUUAGAUCUGUUCAGAUGAAAGGUAUGGUCUUGACUCCACAAGCAUAUAACCCUGUGAUUCAAGCACUCUGCAAAAGGAAGAGAACAAAAGAAGCCAUGAGGCUUUUCAGAGAAAUGAUGGAAAAGGGUGAUCCUCCGGAUGUUAUAACAUACAAGAUUGUUUUCCGUGGCCUCUGUAAUGGUGGAGGGCCGAUACAAGAGGCUGUUGAUUUUACAGUUGAGAUGUUGGAGAAAGGAAUAUUGCCGGAGUUCCCAUCAUUUGGUUUCUUGGCUGAAGGUCUUUGUUCUUUAUCCAUGGAGGACACCCUCAUUCAACUCAUCAAUAUGGUGAUGGAGAAAGGAAGAUUCUCACAAUCUGAAACAUCUAUUAUUAGAGGCUUCCUCAAGAUUCAGAAAUUUAAUGAUGCACUAGCCAAUCUUGGAGCUAUCUUGGAUCGGAAAAAGCCCAGGAGAUUUUGAGUGGUUAAAGCUUUGUUGUAAGUGCACUCUGGUGAUGCUUUUAAGAAUGUUAUGGGAAAGCUCCUCAUUGCAUAAAGGUGCUGAAGCAUAUGAAGGUUCAAAACCCAGGACUCAAGGGCCAAGACCAUAUUACAGACUUGGAGUGAAUACAUUUCAGCACUAGUGUUGCCUUCAUCUGGCUGGCCUCAUUGAUGAAUACCACUUCCUCAUCCUCAUUGUUUCCAGUUUCAAGGGGACAAUGCAAACAUGUAACUUGUAGCUAGCACAUUCAUAUGAAUAUUUCUUAAUGGAUUCAAUGCAUAAGAAAGGAGUUCAUUCACUUCUUAAUUUAAGUACUUUAUUUCCAGGAUGAGAAUUGCAAGUUUAUAUUUUACAUAGAUUACAUAUGCUCAACAAGAAUCUAGUCGGUCCCAAAUUGGUAUUAUGGUUA